GAGCGUUGGAUGGCUUUGAAUGGACGCUCAACUCGCUUAGCUUCUCUCUGCACUCGGCACAUGAAACCUCUUCACCUCUUUGACCUCAAGGGAGAUUAUUUUCAUCUUUCAAUCGAUUUUACCUAUGGGGUGCACGACAUCACCGGAGUCAUGACGUGCCUCUGAUUUCCUUGCAUUCACGGCCUCUCUCACGAAUGAAGAAAUAGGUUGCGGUGAUUCAGGCGGCGAUUGUGGUGGUUUGUUUCUGCUCGAUUUUGAGCAUGGCGUUGCCUAGAGGCGAUUGACGUGGUUGGCCCAGCAAGACCACCACCACCAGGUGCAACGACUACAACUACAGGUUUUGGUGCAAUCAUCUUUUCCUUCCUUCAUCAAUCUCUGGUAAUAUUGGUUUACAAUACUUCCUCUCCAAUGCUGCUCCCAUUCCUCAUCGCCCAGAUGGGCGCUUUUCUGUUCCAACAAUGACAAAAGGGACCAUAAAAACCGAGAGAAAGUUGUCAUCAGAAUACACACAUCUGCAUUAGGGGCACCCCCGCGGCCGCGCUAUUGCUGCUUUGCAAUGUCGUAGUGUACACAUAUAUCUGCAGCAGUCUUCAUCUGUAUAAGAUUGACCAAUUGCUUAGUUUCCAAGCUAAAGAGAAGUAAGGAAAGCAGGGAAAAGUAGAGCCCAAUUUUCUUUGCUGAAUUGAUGUAAAGAACCUCACAGCAUAUACAACAAUAGGCCAUAAACUCUCGAUUUCCAUAAUAUGUUCGGAAUAGCCAACUACUGAUGUCCUUCACAUCUUUAUGGCUGGUUUUCCCGGCCAAAAGGAGCUAUACAUUUCUAACCAGUGACUUCCAAUAUCUAAAGCGAGCAAAGACAAGAAAAUCAAGCCAGGCUGGUAAACUUGCGAAAGAAUCACGAGGAGACAAGCAGUACUGAACCUAUCUGUCACCAUGUCCAAAACAGCUCCAAAUUUUGAAACUUGGUUGAAUUUCCGAGUGAACCAACCAUCCAAUGCACCACUUUGAUUCAAUGUACUUUGAUAAGACGUGGUCGGGCAUGUUUGCACGGAGGGGAAAGUAUUGGUGAAGAAAAUUAUUGGGCUCAAGUGUGUGCCUCAUGCUAGAGCUUCAAGAUUUAAGGUGUGUUUUUAGUCAACAAGCGGCGAAUCAUGGUAUACUUUAAUAUUUUAAUCAUGGUAUACUUUGAUUUUCUAUACAAAGAAUUAAGUUUGAUUCCGUUUCUGUUUGCUUCGAAGAGUCUCAGGUUUGGCUAAAUUAUUGGUGAUGAAGUUGGAGGAUGUAUAUACAACUCUUGUUUGCUACACCUUAAUACCAAAAUUUAUACUCAAAAUUUGAUCAAGCUCUCCUUUGUUGGAACUACACUUGAGUUUAAUAAGUUUGAAUAUUGAAUAAGAAGAAAAGAAGACGAAGAUGAGUAGCUCUGCACAAACUCCACACUCUCUAGCCUUCCGGGUGAUGAGGCUCUGCAGGCCAUCUCUUCACGUUGAAAUCCCACUCCGUUUCCACCCCUGCGAUCUGCUCUUCGGCGAGGAUUUGUUCGACGACUCCGUCGCCGCCGAUCACCUCCCUCGUCUCCUCUCCGGCUGCGAAUCCGUUACCGCCGGCGACAGUGUUUCUGACCCGUCGGAUCUCUCGUACCGCUCCAGAUUUCUCCUCGAUCAGUCAUCCGAUUCCCUCGGUGUCCCUGGCCUCCUCGUCCUCCCCCAAUCCUUCGGGGCGAUAUAUUUGGGAGAGACGUUCUGCAGUUAUAUCAGUAUAAACAACAGUUCUAAUGUCGAAGUCAGGGAUGUUGUAAUCAAGGCAGAAAUCCAAACAGAAAAGCAACGAAUACUUCUUUUGGAUACAUCAAAAUCCCCCGUUGAGUCCAUACGAGCUGGAGGACGAUAUGAUUUCAUUGUAGAACAUGAUGUGAAAGAACUUGGUGCACAUACAUUGGUGUGCACUGCUCAAUAUAGUGAUGGUGAUGCUGAGCGUAAAUAUCUACCACAGUUUUUCAAAUUCAUAGUUACGAACCCCCUUUCUGUUCGAACAAAGGUUCGCGUCGUUAAGGUAGGCUUUUAGAAAUUUAUCGACACAAAGGUCAUCUUCCUUCCAGAACUAUUUUAUUUCUUCAUACGCUUCUACUGGAACACCAUUCAUCAUAUCUGCUUGUGUGUAAAAUUCAUGUAUGGUACCUGGGUAGGAGACAGUAAAUUGGGUUUGUAACAUUGCACAGUUUGUAUUUGACCCUUCUUUUUCCAUUAUGAUCAAUCAAUAUGUGACCUAUUUAUCAUACUCAACUAUUUAUGGCAUCCAGUUCUUUUACUAGGAAACUACAUUUUUGGAGGCAUGCAUAGAGAAUAAUACAAAAUCUAAUCUCUAUAUGGACCAAGUCGACUUCGAGCCUGCUCAAAAUUGGGUUGCUACCGUACUAAGACCAGAUGAUCAUCAUUUGGAGAAUAAUUUAUUAGUGAGAGAGUUAUUCAAGCCUCCAGUUAUCAUAAGAUCCGGAGGAGGUGUUCAUAAUUUUCUCUACCAAUUAAGAUUAUCACCAGAAGGAUCUCAUUUGCUGAAAGUUGAGGGAAGCAAUGUCCUGGGCAAACUUCAGAUCACAUGGCGCACAAACUUGGGUGAACCAGGGCGUCUCCAGACACAAAAUAUUCUUGGGAGUCCUAUUGUUCACAAAGACAUAGAGUUGGGAGCAGUGGAGGUUCCACCUGUCAUCAUAUUUGAGAAACCUUUCUUGGUACGUUUCAACCUCACAAAUCAGACAGAUCGGAUAUUGGGUCCUUUUGAAGUUCGGAUGUCUCAAAGUGAAUCACUAGAUGAAAAACCUGUGAUGGUUAAUGGUCUUCAAACAACGUUUUUGCCACAUGUAGAACCAUUUAACUCUUCAGAGUUUCAUCUGGAUUUGAUUGCUGUGAAACAAGGGAUACAAAAAAUUACAGGCAUAACGAUAUUUGACAAGCAUGAGAAGAAGACUUAUGAUUCUUUAUUAGAACUGGAGAUAUUUGUGUACCCAGAAUAAGACUCAGCAAGUUUUGGCCUUACGAAAACCACAUACCGUGCUUUAGUGCUCUGUUUGGAAGAUCAUAUUCCCAUUCAAAGGACAUGGUCAGAUUUUGGUUGGGAAAAUUCAAGGUGGAGAUUUUCAUAUGAACGCAUUUGGUCUCUCUGGUCUUGGUAUAAUCUAGGAUUAAGGAUCACAUGUUUAAUCCUAUAUCUUGCACGGAUUCUUCAAAUAACUUUCGUUUUCCGUCCUCGGAACAUUCCCAAUUGGGCACUUGGAGGCAUCACAACACCCAUAUUCUUUGUAAAAUUUGGAAGACUCAGCGUGUCCCCG